UGUAGGCUUUAUGUUGUGUUCAGACCAAACGCGAAUGACGCGAAUAAAUCGCGCUAUUCGCGCGUAGUUGGACGCUUGAACAUUUUAGUUUACUCGCUUCAUUCGCGCGUCAAAUUCUCUUCAUUGCAGACGCGAAUUCGCGUCAUGGGAGGGGGUUCUGCCAGCCGGAUCCAGUCCCAUAUAUAUAUAUUGCUUAAAUUGUGUAAAGAUCGUUUUUGACAACUUGCCAGAUUGUCCGACCUCCUCACUCACUUUCUUCCAAGCAAGAUCUUUUUUAUUUCUGUUUCGAUAAAAGUAAGAUGUAUACAGCUCCAGAUAUCCACAUACAGCAACGAUGAUUUUGUCCUCCAUUGUUGUUUGGGAUUUCUGCCUCCCCUCGCAACAUCAUAGUCACCUGACUGACAGAGCAAGCUCCUGAUUGGUUAACGCGGCGCGAAUUUUCGCCAAAGUUCAGAUUUUUCAACUCUCGCGAAUCACGCUAAACGCUCAGUUCGCGCGAUUCGCGUCAUUCGCGUCGUUCGCGCAAUUCGCGCCAUUCGCGCAAUUCGCGCCAUUCGCGCCGCCUCAUUCGCGCGAUUCGCGCCGCAAGUAGGUCUAUCGCGUCUUUGCAUUGACUUAACAUGUAAAUCACUCGCGCUUGACGCGCCAUUCGCGUUUGGUCUGAACACAACAUUACCCUUGGCGACUUUUAAAUGACGUCAGUUGCGCUCAACAGAAGCUAAUGUUAGUGCAGAAGCCCUGGUAAAACAUGGAAUACGAGGCAGGUGUAAAUACUGCACAUGGAAAAUCGAAAAGGAAUCUUUAUGUGAUAGCCGGUACAGUUACGAUUCUCGCGUUUGCGAUUAUUUUUGUGGUUGUCUUAAUUUGUACUAUUAAAACAGAACAUGACCUGAAGGAAACUGUUAUGAGCAGAUGCCAGAGCUAUGUGGACCCCUACACAUCCGCCUCGAGUGUACAUUACUGUGAAGAUAUAUGGAGUGCAUUUGAACAAGCGUAUGUAGGUAAGGACCCAUGCAGUGUCCCUCCUGAAGCUUACAAUCCUUUGAUAAACUCAUUUCAACAAAAAAUACCUUGUCAUAAAAACCUAUUCUGGAGCAGAACAAAGGACAUGGCCCAUGCAUUUACAAAAAACAGGGAUUGUUUGAUUACUUUGGAAGAUACGUUGGUGGGCUUUAUGUUUGAUGGACUUAAAUGGUGCAGCAGUAAGGGAAGCAAAGAAACAUUCACCACAGAUUGCCCUGGUUGGACAGAAUGUCCCAACAAUCCAGUCCGUUCUUUUUGGAGUAGAGUAUCCGAUAACUUUGCUGCUACUGCCUGUGGAAAUGUGUCUGUAAUGCUCAACGGAUCUAUUGAUACUCCUUUCAACCCAGGAAGUACAUUUGCAAGUAUUGAGGUGAAGAACUUCAAUCCUGCCAUAAUAGAGAGCCUUACUGUUCUUCUUGUCAACAAGGAAACAGACAGAACAACAUGUUCUGAUGAGUCACUGGAGAAUCUUCAAUCUAUACUGAGUUCUGGUCCUCUCAAAUCAGUUAGUUACAAAUGCAGAGUAGUUCAACAGGCAAAAGUCAAGGAUUGCAUUGAUGAUCAAAAGACUCUUUGUGGCAACUGUUGGCCUGAAACUCUGUGUGUUCCGUCGACUAGACUCUUCAACCCUAGAAUAUUGUUAGACAAGGGGACAUAAGAAGUUUACAUUCUUUCAGCUGGGGGCUCGUCUGAGGGGAGACUCUUCUCUCAUUGAACGAAAGAGAACAAAAGACCUCUGGGGCACACUGACGUUCGGUCACAGACCUACAUUAAAAGGGGUUCGAUCUGUUGGAAUCGCCCCUAGAGGGGGGAGAACACAUUUAUGUUGAUGGUUCUUGUUCAAAGCCAUCUGACGGGAUCUACCUCUGUGGCUAUGCUGUGGUUUCCAAGUCAGGAGAGGUAAAAGAAGCUUUUGCUCUAGAUUUCAAUUCAGCUGCAGAGUUGAUAGCAUUAAUACGGGCCUGUGAGCUGAUGACAGGAAAGAGAGUAACAAUUCACACCGAUUCUCGGUAUGCCUGGAGUUUUCUUCACCAUUAUGCCAGAAUGUGGGAAGCGAGAAGUUUUAAAACUGCUGAUGGAAAGCCAAUUGCACAUGCAAAUCUGAUAGGACAGGUAACUGAAGCAGUUCAGCUUCCGCUCGAAGUGGCCAUAGUAAAGGUCAAGGGUCACGCUUCGGGGGAGGAUGAACAGACUAUAGGCAACAGAAGGGCUGAUGAAGCCGCAAAGGCAGCAGCCCAAACUCAGAUUAAAUCACCAUUUCAUCCCAAAAAUGAAUCAAAGGUAGCAAUGACGGUGCACAUAACGAAUGUAUCUGGCAUUGAUAUCAAAUUGCUGCAAAGUCAAACAACACAGGGAGACUUAGAGCAUUGGAGAAAAAAUGUUUGCACUCCUGAUAAGGAAGGGAUUAUAAGAGAUGGACAGGGUAGAAUAGCACUACCGAAAUUAGGGUUAAUUAUCCUAAUAAAACAUUACCAUGGGUUAUCUCACACCAGUUGUGCAAAAGUAGUUCAAGCAAUUAAUCAAUUGUACUGUAUAGCCGAUGUUCAUAGAACAGCAAAGCUUGUUUUGGAUGCAUGCUUAACAAGUGCUCAGGUAAAUCCGCACAAAUCAGCUAAGCACGAUGCAUUGAAACAUCCGGAAGCUCCUUUUCAACAUUUACAAAUAGAUUUUACGCACAUGCGCCAAUAGGUAACUUAAAAUAUCUUUUGGUUAUUGUUGAUCGAUUCUCAAAGUGGCCUGAAGCAUUUCCAUGCGCAAAGGAAGAUGCUAAAACAAUGGUAAAAAUCUUAACGAAGGAGAUUGUGCCCAGGUGGGGCGUACCGGCCAGAUUGGAAUCGGAUAACGGGACGAGUUUCACGUCAAAGGUAACACAGCUCUUAGCAAAAACAUUGUCUAUUGAUUGGCAUUUUAAUAUUCCAUAUCAUCCGCAAAGUGCAGCAGUCGUGGAGAGAUGUAAUCGAACACUGAAAACACGACUAACAAAAGCUGUACUCGAUACAGGAAGAAAGGGGCUUGAUUUAUUGCCCGCAGUCUUGGCAGAAAUAAGAAUGACCCCAUCUUCCACGACAAAAUUGUAACCGUUCUAAAUACUAAUGAGUAGACCUUUCCCGACCCCGUGGGUCAAAGGCCGGUCUGGUAUUUCUUCUUUAGGUGAUCUGAAGGUGAUCCAGGAGGACUAUGUGACUUCCCUGGUCGAAAAGUUAAAUUCUAUAUGUGCUGAUGUUUCUUUGUGCCUUGCUCUUCCCUCAGAGCAGCCUACUCAUAACUUUGUUCCAGGACAAAAGGUCUUUGUGAGGAAUCUGAAGCCAACAAAGGUUGGAGAACCAAAGUACCACGGACCAGCAACUGUGAUUGCCGUAACACGGACAGGAGUUCUGACGGACUACCAGCCACAGUGGAUAAACGCUUCCAGACUGAAGUUGUGUUCUUCAGGAGAGCAGGCAAGCUCCAAUUUAACAUAGAAUCUCAACAGGGGAUUCAUCUUACUACACCUCAGGGUGGAGAAAGCACUGACUAAGCUGAGGAAAGAACUACCUUUCGUGAGGUGGGGGCCACCCAAAGCAAGAAGAUAGGAGGCCCAUUGAGCCAACAGUGCUGACUCUGUAGCUUCCCCUGAGGUGCAUUGAGGGCCAAAUUCUAUUCUUAAAAGGAAAAAGGGAAAAAUUGUUAUCCUAAGCAAAUUUCCCAUGGAAUUCUUAGAUAUCAAUUCCUAUACUGCGUGCACACUUACAGAAGCCCUUAUUGUGUUUGGCCCAGAUAUUCUUAAAUUCUUAAAUGAUAGAACCUAACAGGCCAGGGCAACCGUUCAGGCAGCCAGGUAGACUGCGUGGAACAACGAUUAUUCUAAUCCUAAUAAGUAUAAUAAUCACUGGUAUAAUCCUAAAUUAAGAAGUAAAAUUAGAGAGAAAUUAACUGCUUACAACAGACAUGAUUUUAAAUGAUGAUGGUAACUACGAGAUGCCAAAACAAAUGUCUCUAAUAGUACAAAUGACUCUGAAUAUUCGAGAAGGAAGACCACCAACAUCCGUAAUGCGAGACUAUAACUGUUCGUAUACAGGAGAACCUUUUCAAGGUCCUGCAUUUUAUGUAAAUGCUCAUCCCGCAGAAUUAUGUGUGUGUUCCAAAUCAGGCAGACAUAUAGUAGGAAUGUCCGACUGUAGAAAUGAAAUUACUUUGUCCCAAUCAAAUAACGGACAUCAUAAUUGCACCAUACAAUAUCUCAAUAAAACUACUGAGGGAUUUGAAUGUCCAUUUUCACACUUAGACAGUUCACCAGGAAUGGUGUGGGUUUGUGGUGAAACUGCAUAUUACCAUUUAGAUGCAGGGGAAUGGAAAGGUUGUUGUUAUGCUGCUAUUUUGUCCACAGGAACUAGCAUAAUGGAAAAGACAAAUCUGGCCACAUCUUUGAAUAGACAUAAAAGGGAAGUAAAACUGCCAAAUUAUUAUGCAGGCCAUAAGAUUAGUGAUCCAUGGACUACUCCUUGGGAAAACGUGGGAUGGUCCCUAGCAGGUUUGUUUACAGGAACCGGUACUACUGUUGCUCUGAAUAAAAUUAAUGGUCUGGCAUGGCAAGUUCUUUCUUUGGAAAAUGACACAGCACAAGCUUUAAACUUAAUCUCUAACGAAUUAAAGAAAAUGAGAGUUGCCGUCGUGCAACAUAGACUUGCUUUGGAUAUAUUAACAGCAGAGAAAGGAGGAGUGUGAGAAAAUGCUAGGAGUAUCUUGUUGUUUUUCAAUUCCAGAUUAUGCAGACAAUGUCACCGACGUUGUGAAGGACAUGAGAGAAUCAGUUCGUGAACCCACACCGGUAGAUGCAACAUGGUUUCAAUGGUUGGACAGCCUAUCCGGGGGAUGGGGAUAUUGGAUAACCGGUACAGUAAUUCCAGUUGUGAUGACCAUUUUAGCCUUGAUAUUAUUUUUGCCAUGCAUGUUGCAGUGUGGGGUGGGAUGUGUUAAAAGAUCUGUUACUUCCUUUACAACCAAAGGAACCGAUCGAAUGAUGUUAGCAAAAAGAACGACUGACGUCAACCAGGCUAUGCUGGUUAGACGCACAUCUAAAGGUUAUCGUCCGAAAGAUCAGAAUCAAACUUGGGGAUCCAUAUUUGAUCAUAACAGCGAUACGGACGAGGAUGAUAAUGAUUGUGUUCAAACACAUGAGUUAGAACCAGAACCAAUACCGGUGAUAGAAGAACCAAGAAAUGUUGAUGAACGUGACAAUGUAAUGGAAGGAGAUAAUGGGCUUGACGAUUCGGUAAUUGAGAUUGGCACGGUAGAUGAUGAAGAGUAGAUAUAAUUAUGUUUAUGUUUUCGUUUUUAUUGAGGGUGAUUGGUGUUGUAUGUUUUUAUUACAAAUCAGUCCGAUUGAUCUUUUACCUCGAAGAGCAGCUUGCAAACCAGAAAACCACAUAAAAAUACGCAAAUGCAACUAUCCUUUUAUUAAAGAUUUUGUAUUAACCUGUUGAUUAACCUUUUGUACUACUCUAUAUAUAUAUAUUUGUUCUUUAAAGGGACACAGAACUGCUUGUAAGACCGUUGGUCUGAAAGUGGCCAUUGUGAGAAUCUGGAUUUCGUCCUGUCCUCUACAAAUAUUGCAUCUGUGUUUAAUACAAAGUUCAUGUAUCAUAUGUAUUCAUUCGUAUUCAUUCCUAUUAAUAUUAGCUUCUAUUCAUAUUAGAUGUGCCUUUCAUUCUUGUUGUUUAACCUCGUUGAAAGUUCUAUCAUGUCAUGCUGUCUUAUGUUGAUAUAAGUAUCUGUUGUUCUCCAUAUCAAGGUUCCUAAUGAUGCCUAUGGACGAUUGUUCUGUUAUUGUAAUAUUGAAUAUGUAAUCAUAUCUGAUUGUUCAGGAGGAAAGACUAAACAGAAAGUCUGGUGAUUUUCCACUUUUUUGGUGGUUUUAUAUGACACCUCCUUUUCAAACAUAUAAAUAUUAGUCCGAAAACAAUAAACAUUGUACUCUGAUUGAACAAG